AUUGAAAUGGACAGUCAAAUGAAUGAUGAAGAGAGAAUCAGGAAAUUUAGACGAUAUUCGAAUUUAUUUGAACCCGAAUGUUUCAAAAAACACAGCAUAGGAAGGCCUGCUAGCAUUGGGGCGCCAGAAACAAGUUUCAGAAAGAAAGAAAAACGGCAAAAACGAGAUAAAACAGUUAAAGAAACUAAUGAAUUCUAUGUUAUAGAAAAAUCUAUUCUAAGUGUAGAAUUUAAUGAGUUAGCACUUAAUUCUCCCAUUAUGUCCAAUAAAAAAAACAAUAAGGCACUAGCACCGACUAAAGGCACAGAAGUUUUUACUUUAAAGAACAAAACCAAGUUAAAUUCAAAAAGUAAAAAAAGUAUAACAAAGCCGAAAGUCGAAGAAAAUCACAACAUUGAUGAGAAAGAUUUCAACACAGACGAAAAUAUUUUGAAAAUUUACACUGAUAAAACCAUAAAGCAAUCCAAGAAUUUGGAAACGAUUUUCGAAAUCCCACAUGCUUCAAAUAUUAUGGGAAAGAGGAAAUUAAGGCGAUCCAUAAACUUUAAUAACACAAAUUCUCUUGCCAAAGCCGCAAGAAGGCACAGGAAAGUUAAUAAAUUCUACCCGAACUUCAAAAUGAGCUUCAUCGAUUAUAGUACUAUAUUUGUUAACGACGUAUUCUGGUAAUACGAUGUUUUUUUCAAACUUGCUAAGAUUAACCCUUUUAAUUAAUGUUAUUGUUGUGUAAAAUAGAGUAUUGGAA